UACAAACGACACAUUAGUAUAUAAGUCAAAUCGAUCUUAGAAAAAAAUAUUCUAAGUUUAUUUGUUCUUUGAAUACAAAACCAUGUCCCCCUUCGCUUUUCUGUUGCUCUGCAUCCAAGCUUGCCUCAUCCAGCAAGCGUACAGCCAAGUCCUUUAUGGUCUGGGUCCUCGUGCUUCAGGUUAUGGAUUCGGGGACGUUGAGGUAACCGCUGUUGAGGUCGACACCAUUGGCGGCUACGGCUACAACAAUGGCUUGAACGGAAUUGGCGGCUUGGGAUUGACUAACGCUGGUGGCUUGGGAUUGACUAACGCUGGUGGCUUGGGAUUGACUAACGCUGGUGGCUUGGGAUUGACUAACGCUGGUGGCUUGGGACUGGUUAACGCUGGUGGCAUAGGAUUGGCUGGAGCUGGACUCGGCAUCAACUCUGGACUCGGCCUCAACUCUGGACUCGGUCUUGGAAUUGGCGCUGCUGGAUUCGGCGGACUCGGCAUCGCCGGCGGCUACGGCGGCGUGGGUAACGGCGCGCUCGCCGUCUCCGGAGAGCUGCCAGUUGCUGGCACCACGGUCGUCACUGGCGCCGUGCCAGUGCUCGGCGCUGUGAGCUUCAGCGGCAACUUGCCAGCUGCUGGCGCCGUCUCCAUCUCCGGCAACUGCGGAUGCGGUGGUGUUCCAUAUGGGAGCUAUUAAUUGACCAACUUGACAACAAAAAUAAAUGCAAAUUCUUAUAUUUA